AUGGCAGGGGAGAUCAUAGCGGACGUCAGUCCACCGAAAGGCUCCAGGAGAACCUCGCUCAGGGCCUCGGCAUCUAUCAGCAACGUCCUUCCCUCCCCUUCUCGCUCCACCAAAGCCUGCGCAAGACAGUCAACCUCUCGCGCAGAACAAUCACCCCGCAAGCCUGUCGCGAUGGAAAAACGAAAACGCGUCGAGACCCCUUCGCCUGCUCCUUCCAGCGACGAUAGCGACAAAGAAUACGAAGUAGACUAUAUUGUCGACGCUCGUAUUGUCAAGAAGCGACGCGUACCCAAGCUGGAAUAUCUCGUCCACUGGACAGGUUAUCCUGUAUACGAGAGGACUUGGGAGCCUGAAGAGAACGUGGGCGACCAGAACUGUGUCCUUGUCAAAGCGUUCUACAGAAAGAAUCCUCUCAAACCUCGUCUUCAGAGAGCUGCGUCUCCCACGUCCGAAGCGCCUUUGGAAGAGGCAGACAGUGAAUCCAUCGUCGAUCUUGGCGAAUCAGUCGAACCCGACGGCGGAUUGAUUGAAGCUGCCCUCCAUCUGCCUCCCAAUGAAGAGAAAUCUCCCUUCAAACAGGAGGCCUCUCCUAUUUCAGUGAAGCAUUCGCCCUCCUUCGCGGACCGCAAACAAUUUCUAGUGACUGCCGAGGUUGUCGAGGAGGCAAUGUCCUCGAAUAAGCGACCCGCUCGUGCAUCGGCUCGAAAGUCUGCUCCAAUCUACGAUGAUGGUGAGAGUGAUGGAUCAGGAGCACCGAAAAGACCGCCAAAACGCCCCACCAGAGGCCCGACCAAGAAGGACGAUGCGGUCAGCAGCAAGCAGCCUCCCAAAAAGAAGCGCAGGGUGAAUGAUGACGAUGAGAGCGAUUUUGUCAUGAAUGAGGACGUCGAUGAGGAUGAAGGGGAGGAUGAUGUGAUUUUCUCCGAUGAGCAGGAGCAGGAGCAAGGGGAAGAGUCCGCAGAUGAGGCGGAAGAUGCGGAGGAGAGCGAAGAGGAAACCAAGACAUCAAUGACGAGUAAAGCCCGAGCUUCCCUGUUAAAGGCGAAAGCAAAACCCCGCAAAUAUGCAGCCUUGGCCAAUUUUGAAACUGGUGUCAUGCCUUUGGGGCAAAAUAUUGACAUCAAGUUGGCUGUAAAAGACAUGAGCGAAGAUCUGCCUCCGAUGAGCAACGUGGAGGCCAUGUUUGACCAUCUGGUUUCAAGGAUGCCAGACAUCGUCCAGCUUAUAAAGCAGCUGAAUGGGCGGAAACUGCGCGUGGCGACCAUGUGCUCAGGCACAGAAUCACCCCUCUUGGCACUUGACAUGAUUGCCCAAGCCAUCAAAUCCCAGCACGACUUGACCCUUUCGUUUGAUCAUGUCUUCUCAUGCGAGAUUGAGCCUUUCAAGCAAGCUUAUAUCGAGAGGAACUUUGCACCCCCGAUAUUGUUCAGAGACGUUACAGAACUGGGAAAAAGAAGGGCUCAUACAGCUUAUGGAAGUCUCGUUGAGGUUCCAGGCGACGUUGAUAUUCUCAUUGCGGGUACUUCUUGCGUCGAUUACUCCAAUCUCAACAAUGUCCAGCAAGACAUUGACGCAAAUGGAGAAUCCGGUCGGACGUUCAGGGGCAUGUUGCAGUGGGUCAACAAGCACAAGCCACCCAUCGUCAUAUUAGAGAAUGUCUGCAGCGCCCCUUGGGCCAAGGUCGUUGAAUACUUUGCCGAGAUCGACUAUGAUGCGGAUUUCACACGUCUGGAUACAAAGGAGUUCUAUAUUCCUCACACUCGCACUAGAGUUUACCUCUUUGCCACACCAUCCACCGAAUCUGGGGAUCUGCCCGAAAAAUGGCAGCAGACUGUGAAGGACCUACGACGUCCUUGGUCAUCCCCCUUUGAAGCAUUCUUGCUUCAUACCGACGACCCCAACAUUCACCGCGCGCGCCUCGAUCUGGCCUCUGCCAAAGCACAGACGGAAGGAACAUCAAGAAAGCCUACUGACUGGACCAGAUGCGAGUCUCGACAUCAUCGGGCGCGAGAAGAAGAGGAGCUCGGUCUUCAAAGACCACUCACUUCGUGGCAAGAGGCUGGUGUCUGCAAAGGUCUCGAUUGGACUUGGAACGACUGGCUUCUGACGCAGACUGAAAGGGUUGUCGACUUGCUAGAGAUUUCAACUCUUCGAAUGGCCAAAGAUGGUGUUGACUCGGGUCACAAGGCUUGUAUCUGGAACGUCAGUCAGAAUGUUGAUCGUCAAACGGGCUCGGCAAAAACCGCUUUAGCCCCUUGCCUGACCCCCAAUAUGAUCCCCUGGGUUACCAUACGGGGAGGUCCUGUUACGGGUCGGGAAGCUUUGGCGCUACAGGGAAUUCCUGUGCGAGAGCUCCUACUGACAAGCGAGACUGAAGAUCAGCUGGCCGAUCUGGCUGGCAAUGCCAUGUCGACGACUGUUGUGGGUUCAGCAAUGUUGUCUGCUCUCCGAGUGGCCUGUCACAGGCUAAAAGCUGGCGCCAACCCCGACCAAGACGCCACGAGUCUCAUACAGGAAGCUGCGGUCAUCGAUGAGCAAAUCGCUGGCCGUAUCGUGGGUGAAGAGCGUCUCGAGCGCCAUGACCUUGACUUGGCUAAAGUGGCUCAAUCCAACCUUGGCAUUCUCUUGGACCUUGCCCAUCGCAGUUCUCGUCAUUGUCAGUGCGAAGGACAAUCCGGCACCGUCGACAACAUCCUCGAAUGUGUUGAAUGCCAUUAUAGGGCGUGCAAGUCUUGCGGGGGAAGGCCAGAGCAUGUCUACAGCAAUUGUGCCAAUCUUCGAGUUCAACCAGUUGAAUUCGAAAAGCGUCUCAAAGACCUUUUGCCUAUGCGCGUCGAAAUUGCCGGCCUGGGCACCGAAUCCCUGGCAAAAGCCAAAACGAAAGCUCAAGAGCGCGCAAAAACACUCGUUGAUGAAGGUGAUUGGAGGCUUUGGAGUGACGCCGUUUCAGAAGCGGUCACAGGCGCAGAAUUCAGAUUUCGCCACCUCAAAAGGCAAGGUGUAUGGACCGCUGUUUACGAGGCGCCCGGUGCUUCUCUCAACCUCGUCCUCGACAAGCAAAUGCCCGAAUGGCGACUCACAAUCAAAUCAUCCGCUUCUGAGCCGAACGACAGUCGCUUACGGGCACUCCUCCUUCACCCCGUAGCCCGGUUGCAGAUCGAUACCACCGGUCAAGAUGUGCUUUGCGGCCUUUGGAAUCUUUGCAUUCCAUCCAGAAGCACUAUAGACGUCACGAUCAUUGGACGCGGUGACAAAGUGCCCUCUUGGGAAGCAUCAUUGGGUUUGGAGGGCAUUUUUGCUGGCAAAAAACGCUGGUCUGAAUUGGAAGUGCAAGUCGAUAGCGCGGGCGAAGAGAUACUAGACCGUAAAAUCUCGGGCAUCUACAAACUACUACCCAAUUGUGGACAGGCCAUGGCUUCUCUUCAUAAAAAAGUCCUUUCUUCUGAGGAUAAAUCGCUUCCCCAACUGUACUUUUUCUUCGACCCCACUCGAUGUGGAGACUCUUCCGACGACUCUUAUGUCUUUUCGACCAGCAUCGAUAGACUCGACUACGGAACUGACCGCCCGGUUAUAGCGCAGCUCCGAUCAAGCUGGCGCGAAAACGAUGAGGAAUCUCAAGCGUCAUCAGUGAGGGCUUCGGGAAGCUGGGUCACCUGCGAGGAGGCUCAUCUUGCUGCUAUGGGUGGCGGCGAUAUCGCUGUCGUCGGUGCUACUACUGAUUCUGAUAUCGAACACGAUGUCGCUACUUUCGCCGUGCCCAAAUCAGCCUCCAGUAUAUCCGUAUCUUUGGAAAACGACGCGUGUACGCAUGCUUCCGCUAUUCUAUCGUGCCGGGUGCCACUCAAUCCAUCUCAUUCUGAAAGCAUGUGGCGAAAUGGGGCCUGGGGCGAAGUGGACUUGUCUCAUCAAGGAAACGCAGCAUUUGCCAACCUAGCAUGGAUCACCGAGAGACUGCCGCCCAUGAACGCGUUGGAACAAUGGACUGUCAUUGCAAACUCACACAGCGCUGAGGAUGUAUGUGAACGGUGCGCUCCUCGGCCACCUCGAGUCCAUUGGAUCAAGAAGGCGGGCAAAGUGAACAAGAGGGGAGCAAAGACAAAGAGCACCAUCAUCGCCUAUGAAGACAGAUAUGAAGCUGGUCUUUACGAGCAUGCUCUCAAAAGCCGCCCGUCUCCUUUCGUGCUCCAGCUUCGUUUAGAUGACGGCUUCGGAUCAUUCCGUAUAGGUCUCAAUAUUGUAUCGCUGGCCCAUCGUGCUCUUUCCCGACUUCCUCACGAUGUUUCAAAGGGCAAGACAAAACUCUCAUGGCGUCUUACGCCUGGGCCAAUUGCCGAAAGUCCUCGACCGCCGAAAGUAUUUGUGAUUCCGAGCAACAAGCGCGAUCCACAGCAUGCGCAGCCUGCUAGCUUUAGAUAUCGCCUUCGGCCCGAGCAACUGCGCUCAGUCUGGUGGAUGUUGGCGCAGGAAGAGGCUGCAGGUAAAACACAUACCUUUGUCGAAGAGGAGAUUGCCGAAGCCAUCCUGCCCGCUGUGGGUUGGAGAGCCGAGGGAAAGGCUGAAAGGCCGGUCCUGGUCCGCGGAGGUGUCAUUGCCGAUCAAGUUGGUUACGGCAAGACCGUCAUAACGAUCGCACUCAUCGCGGAGACUCGAGAAACACCUGCACCGGAACCAGCGCCCGUCGAUCUGAUAGAUCUCAAAGCCACCUUGAUCCUGGUUCCCGGCCACCUCAGCAAACAGUGGCCAAGCGAAAUCGCUCGUUUUACUGGGAAUAUGUUUGAGGUCAUGGUCAUCCAGAACAUGAGAGACCUGCAAGGCAAGACCAUCGCGGAGCUCAGUAAAGCCGACAUCAUAGUCAUGGCCACGGAAAUCUUCGAGGCCGACCUGUACUGGGAACGAUUCGAGUAUCUUGCGGCUCACCCUGAAGGCUGGCUGAACGACGCUCAAGGAGGGAGGUUCUUCUGCGAUCGUCUCGAUUCAGCUCUGGCAACAUUGAGAUCCCAGACUCGUGUCUUGAAGGAGGAAGGGGCGGAUGAAGCUAUAAGAACCAUGGCGAAGAUCCAGGAGGACGCCAGAGGCGAGGUUGAAGGUGGGGCUGAAGUGCACAAGUCGAUCAAGUUUGGCAAACGAAUGAAGGGUCGAGCCUACCGUGAUCGAUAUGAUGGUGAAGCGAAAAAGAAGACUACCUUGGCCGAAAUGGAGAAUUGGGAGGCCUCUGAUGAUGACGAUGAUAUUGACGAACUUGCUGAUGUUCCGAUGCCAACCUUCAGACAGGCGAAAGGAUCUGAGGCCUUGACCAGCAGUGCGGUAAAACAAGAUUUCAACAAGCUCUCCUGUCCGGUCAUGCACAUGUUCAGAUUCCGACGUGUCGUCGCAGACGAGUUUACUUACCUGCAAAAGAAGAGUUUGCCGGCAAUUUUAAGAUUGACCUCUUCAUAUAAAUGGAUUCUCUCGGGUACACCACCCGUAGAUGAUUUUGCGGCUAUCCGAAGCAUUGCUUCCUUCAUGGGGCUGCAUUUGGGCAUGGAAGAUGACGGAGAAGCCUCUACUCAGUACCUAAAGAUCCGAGUCAAGGAACAGACUCAAGCGGAAAAAUUCCACGCCUUCCGGGAGGUCCAUUCUCAAGUAUGGCAUCAACACAGGGACGAUCUUGCUCAAACCUUCUUGGACAAUUUUGUUCGCCAAAACAUUGCCGAAAUCGAGGAGAUCCCCACCGUGGAGCAUAUACAUACCUUCGUGCUGCCAGCUUCAGAAGGAGCCGUCUAUCUUGAACUUGAACACCAUCUUCAAGCAUUGGAAAUGCGCACGCGCAAGGAGACCAAGUACAAGAAUGUCUCUCAAGGCGACAGACACGCGCGUCUAGAAGAGGCUCUGAGUGAUUCAAAGACCGCUGAAGAGGCACUUCUCAAACGUUGUUGUCACUUUACGCUCGACCUCAAUGACAAGACUCGUGACGUCGAAUCAGCUCGCGAAGCUUGCCAGCACAUCUCGGGCGCUCGGGCGCUUCAACUGACUGCCUGUCAGGCAGAUUUUGCCGUUUCGGUCAAUCAAGCUGUCACCUUUCAUACGUGGAUCAAGAAGAAGGGCUAUUUCACCAAGAGUGACCCCUCCCCUCAGCCAUUCACUCAAUGGGUCACUUCUUCUUGGGAUACCCGGAAGCAUCAAGGGGAUGCGGAGGCCGCUCGUCGCGUGACGAAGGUGUUGGAGAAAGAGUGCAAUAUCAAGGAUGCUGUGAUUCCCUCUUCGCCCGCAGGGAAAACCAACGCCGUCCCAAAAGGUGCCAAAGUUGAUGACGUGAAGUGGCAAUUGCGGGAGCAGACACAUCUCCUGCGCAAGCUCUCAAAAGAGCUUGUCGGGAGAGUAAGAUCUCUUCGAUUUUUUGAAGUGAUUCGGAAGCUUCAGCAAGGAGGCGAAGAAGCGCUGGAGGUCCUGGAGACGUCGGGAUGUGAGCACAAACCCUCGACAGCCGCCUCUGCCGCAAUGGCCAUUCUAUCCUGCUGUGGACAUGUGGCCUGUCACGAGUGCCUGGUGAAGGCUGCCCAUAGUCAGCGUUGCAUCGAGUCGGAGCAGUGUACUGCGCCCGUGCGACAGACCAACAUAGUCAAAGUCGGCACAUUGGGCGUGGAGGGUCAGCUUUCAUCUGGUCGCUAUGGCGCUAAGCUCGCCAAGCUUGUCGAUUUGAUUCACACCAUCCCCGAAGACGAGCGCGUCCUCGUCUUCCUUCAGUGGGAGGAUCUCGCAAGCAAGGUCUCGGAAGCGUUGACGACAGGUGGCAUUCCUCACCACACGCUUACUGGAGCCGUCAAAGCCCGGGCGAAUACUCUUGAUCGUUUCCAGUCCUCCGACGCGUCUUCGUCACGAGUUUUGCUCUUGAAGAUGAACGAUGCCAGUGCAGCGGGGUCAAACUUGACCACUGCCAACCAUGCAAUCUUCCUCGGCCCUCUGUUUACGCCGUCGCUUUACAAUUAUCGAGCGGUGGAGACACAGGCUAUCGGACGAGUGCGAAGGUAUGGCCAGCAGAAGGAGGUUCAUGUUCAUCGGUUGCUGGCUCUGGAUACCAUCGACAUGACCAUCUGGAACAGCCGACGCGCUGAGCUGAAGGAGAAGACAGAUUGGGUAGAACUUCCUCAAGCCGAGUACACGGGGCAGCCGUCGGGCGCUGUACCCAAUAGUGCAGAUAUCCCCAAUGCGCUGCCAAAAAGACAGCAAGGCAAACGGGCCAGUCUGUCUGAAAUCACGACGAAUGGUGACAAGAGGGAAGCGGAUUCCGAGCCUGAGAAGGUGUCGAAGAGAGUUGCGCGGGGAAAGCGGGACGCGGAGAAUGGUGAUUAG